UCUCGUCUGUCUGCUGCUGCUGCGCUCUGAACUUACGCAAAACUUCCUGUAACUUGCUGAAAACGAAACUAGAAAGUUUCGCCCCUUUCUGUGCAUUAUCGUAUGUAACUGGUGUCCGUGGGCUGUUGUUGACACGUGAGCGGAAAUGCCGGUUCCACAGCUGCUCCUUGACACUCUGGAAGACCUGCGUGAUAGUGAUUUUAAAACGUUUAAUUGGUACCUUAAGACUGAUGUCUUGGACGGCUGCAAACGAAUUCCUAGGUCCCACCUAGAGAAUCCAUCCCGGACGGACACUGUGGAUAAAAUGAUAGAGCACUACGGUGAAGAGAUGGCUGUGAACAUCACUGUUAAGAUCCUGGAGAGUAUAGGAAACAAAAACGCCUCAGAGAAGUUAAGGAAAGCAUACGCAGAGGGAACAGCAGCUACAUCCUCCACCUCCUCCUCUGCUUUGGCACCUCCUGUUGCUGCUCCUGCUGCUCCUGCUGCAAUGUCUGCUCAUGAUGGAAGUGUGAUCAUCGCCCCGACGAUCAUCGGUGGCACCUCUGGAACCUGGAAUAUAAAUGUCAAAAAAUAAACUCAUGAAACAAACAAACCAAACCAGGAAGACUAGAAGGGAAUACACCAUGAGGUUGUGGUUCAGAGUGAAAUAUCUCAAUUAUCAGAUGGAUUAAUUUGUCAUGAAAUUUACAGCAGAUAAUUAAAGACCCAAAAAGACA